AUGAGCGAAAACGAAAGUCAUCAUGAAUCAAAAUCGGACAAUGAUAUAUUUAAAACUAUAUAUACAUUUCAAGAAGCUAAUCCAUUGGAAAAUGUAAUUAUUCUUCGAGCAUUUCUUCAUUUAGACAAUCCUAUUACUCAACAGGAAUAUCCCAAUGAUUUUAUUCAAUAUCAACUUGAACUUUUAAAACGUUUUUCUUCAUCAUCAAUUCCAUCACUUUUUCAACUUCUUAAACAAUUUGUACCAUCAUCUGAAUUAAUUUUAUCAUUUAAUUCAAUUCGACAAUCAAUUGUUGAAUCAUUUAUUGCUCAAUUUCGUAAAGAUACACAAAAACAAAAAUGGGGUGGUAAUGGAGAAAAAAUGCUUCUAUUAGCAUGUGUAUUAGAACGAUCGUUGAAACUUUAUUCUAGUAAUGAAAAUUUAAUUAAAAAUACAAUAAAUAUAUGGUAUUCAUUGGUUCUUCAUCUAUUUGAACCUAUACUUGAUGAAUUAAAUGAAUAUUUAAAAAAUAAAUUCGAUAAACAACAACAUCAAUAUUCAUCACUAAAUCAUUUUAUUCGACCAUUAAGUCAACUUUGUGAACAAUUAAAUAAAAUUGAUGAAAAACACGAUUGUAUGAUAAUUAAUGAAUAUUUUUCAAAUAUUAUUCUUGCUAAUCUUCAAGAAAGAAUUGAUCAUAUUUCAAAUAAAAAGAUUUUCAAUCAUUUUGAUUCAUUAAAUAAAUUAGAAGGAUAUAAAUGCCCAACAAGACAUUCAGUUUUCUUCAUUUAUCCUGAUAUAAGUAAAUUACUUAUAUUCUUAGAUGAUGCAAAUAUAUCAAAAAAUUCAUCAAAUCUAAUCCAAAAAUGUAAUGAUAAAUUUCGACAAUUACUUGACAAAGCUUUGAAUAUUAUUCAAAAUUAUCCAUCAUCAACAUCUCUUGAACAUUGUAUUUGUUUAAUAUCAUCUCUAUCAAGUAUCGAAAUAUUAUAUCAUCAUGAACAAUUUCAAUAUUUUCUAUAUAAUUUUUGUCAAUUUAUUUUAACUUAUUGGAAAAUUAAUCUAUUACAUGACUGUGAUGCUGAUGAUUGGUUAAAUACAAAAUCAUAUUUUGAAAAUCAACGUUAUUCAGUCUAUAUUGAUACAUUAUUUUAUCAUUUUAAUCGUUUUCAUUUAUAUUUAAAACAAUAUUGUCCAAGUUUACUUUCAAUCAUCAUUCCAUAUAUGUUACUUGAAUUAAUGAAUUUUAUUUAUCAUCGUUAUGCAUCAAUUAAAAUAUCUUAUGCUAGACAAAAUCAAUAUAAAACAGAUCUUCUAGCUACGUUAGUAUAUUUUAGUGAAUAUACACAUUAUUUUAUUAAUUAUAAAGAUUCAACAAAAGAAUUUUUAUUAUUUAAAAAUGAGAAUAUCGAAUCGAAAUUUUUAGAAUAUGGAAAUGGAAUUUUAGCAGCUAUUGUUCUUGUAACUUGUCCUUGUGAUAUUCUAUAUGAACAAUUAGAUAAUAUUAUUGUUCAACGAUCGACAAAUUUAUUAACGAAAAUAAAUUGGUUAAAUAUUAUUCGACCGGAUUGGUUUGAUAUGAAUAAUGAAAUACGAAUACAAGUUCAAACAUAUUUAACUAUGAAAAAUUUUCUUGAAACACAACAAAAUAAUUUUCCGAUUGAUAGACUUGUAUCAUUAUUAAUUGAAAAUUCGGAAUUAGAUACAUAUCAAUCAUUAAUUAUACAAUUAAUUAUUAAAAAUGAACAAUGGGAAUUAAUAGAUUUAUUUGUUACAUAUACACGUGAUUGGUCAUUUAUACAUAAUUUACCAACUAAAUUACCUGAAUGGUUAUCUAUCAUGAUGAAUUAUUGGAAAGAAUUCUUUGCUAGAUGUUGUUAUACAUGUGCAAAUGAAAAAGAUCGUGAAUGGCGAUUAAAAAUCGAACAAUCGAUUUUUCAACGUUAG